AUGAAAUACAGCCAGGAUAAACUACGCCUCAAGCUGAAGGCUUGCCUCUCGCGACUGAAGCUCCUUUACAACAAGAAGCGCGUGAUGGUGGAUGCCCAGCGACGCGAGAUCGCCGAGCUCCUUCGCAACAACAAGGAAAACAGCGCGCGCAUUCGCACCGAGCAGAUCAUCCGCGAGGAUUACAUGCUGGAGAGCAUCGAGCAGGUGGAGGCCCUGUGCCAGCUCCUCCUGUCGCGCAUCCAGCUGAUUGACCUGUCCAAGGAGCUGGACGCGUCCAUCGAGCAGACGGUCCACACGCUGAUCUACGCCGCACCGCGUAUGGAGGCCAAGGAGCUGCUCGAAGUCCGGGCCAUGCUGAUCAACCGGUAUGGCAAGCCGCUGGAGCGUCUUGUGCGCGAGAACAACAUGGAUCAUGUCAAUGAGCGUCUGGCCACCAAGCUCAAUUUCCAGAUCCCCUCGCGGCAGCUGGUUAACCGCUACCUGAGCAUGAUCGCCGACACCUACAACGUUGAGUGGACCUGUCCGCCGGACAUCGAGGACCCUUCCAACUCGUUUGAUCCCUCCUUCCUUGGGCCGAGCCUGGGCUCAGCGCUGCCCUCCUCCCACCCGGUGCACCCGAACUUCCACUCGUACCAGCCGACCGCCAGCCUGCAGCCGGGGCUGGCGGAUCCUUCAUUCCUGCCGCCGGCCCCGACCGGCGGCCCUGGUGGCAGCCCCGGCGGCGGUCCCGGAGCCCCCGGCGGCGGCGGCGGCGGCGGCACUUCGCUCCUGAGCAACUACCUGGCCACGGUCGGCACGCCGGGCUCUUCCGGCUCUGCCAGCCCAGCGCCAACCCCGGCCACCAUUCCUCACAUCGGCGGGACGCCCACCUCUCCGGCUCCGCUGCCAGGGUUCGGCAUGCCGAGUGCCCCGGCGGCUGCGCCGAUUGUCGCCGGGGGGCCGGUCGAGCCGAUGCUCUCAAUGCCCCCCCUGCCGGGGACCGCCGCGGCGCCGAUCCUUCCCCCGGUGCCCCAGCAGCCGUCGUCCCAGGCGCAUCAGCAUGCCGCGCCGCACCCCGAGGCUGCGGCCCUCUCGCCGCGCGCUCCGCCGCCCCACUCGGACAAGGCAGCCUACUUCAUGGGCCCCGCCGGGUCUGGAGCCCCGGCCGGCUCCGCGCCGCCCUCCUACCCGCCGGAUGCCUUUGAUCUGCCGCCGCCGCCGCCGACGCACGUUCCCUCGGCUGGUGGCGCUCCAUCGGCCCCGGGCGCCGAUGGGUUCCCUCCCCCGGAGCCGCCCUCGGUUGACGAUGACGACAUGUACAUGAGCCUGCUGGCCAAGCGCCUGAAUGAUCUGAACAAGCGGUGAGUCCCAGGGCCACCCUCAAAAAAAACCCCGGCAGCGAGAGCCUACCGGCGCGUGCGAUUGCGAGUGCCCCUCCCCCCUCCUCCGGCGCACCUUGAAGCCCCUUCGGGGGUUGGGGGAGGGGAGGCGGACAGCAAAAUGCAGAGCGUUCCCCCCCCCCCCUUUCGCUCCGCCCUUGUGCCCGUCCGCCGACUUGAAGAGCAACCGUGCGUGGGUGAGUCCUGUGCACUUCCCUUUUGUACCAUAAAAUUCAAAAAUAAAGCUACGCACCUGCAUG